AUGGGGAUUAAACUAUGCCGAUUGAGGUAUGGAUACGGAGGGCUAAAGGCGGACUUCGCCAGGCGGCUGGUGCUCGCGCGACGUCGCCGAACGAGCGCAUUAAGUUCGAUUGUGGGGCGAACGAACGGCCUAAUUGCCGGCAUUGUGUCCGCAUGCAGAUGUGAAUGGGCUUUGAUUUGGGCCCGGCGCGGGCUGAGGCCGGGGCCGGGGCCGGGGGACAAAUCGCUCGUUACCGCUGCAGCGCAGGUAAUUGCCAUUCAAUUACGAGGCCAGCCCGCUGCGCGCGCGAAAGAGAGACCUGCUGCCCGACGCCGCGUACCUCCCGCUCGCACCGACUGCACAGCCGGCCAGCCAUCAAUCAUCAGGCACCCCCGUCGGGCGCCCGUAGGGAUGGGAAUCGUCACAAAGCGAGUAUCACAGUCCGACAAUGCUCGA